AUGCCAGUCUUCCCUCCUUCGUUUCAAAAGUUCCUCAAGGAGAAUGAGAUUGAUCCCGCCGUUUAUGAGAUCAAAGAUCUCCCCCGAUACAUACGAAUAAAUCCUAGAGAUCGAAACCCAAUUGAUCGAAACGAGUUGGAGCUUCAACUGGGAACAAUGUUGUACUCUGUUCCUGGACUUGAUGGAUUUUUCCGGUUGGAUGGAAAAGCAAAGAUUGUUGGAUGUCAAGCAUAUAAAGACGGGAAGAUUUAUGGGAUCGAUCUGAGUUCAGCCAUAGCCGUCUAUGCUCUUGAUUUGAAAAAAGACGACCAUGUUCUAGACUUGUGCUGUGCGCCUGGCGCAAAGCUAUGCAUGAUAUCUGAUUUCUUAGGUACCAAUGGAACUGGUACGGUCACGGGCGUUGAUAUAUCCAAACAUAGAGCAGCCACAUGUCGGAGUUUGUUAAAAAAGUAUCGAAUUGGACGAGCGCGACUUUUCGUUACUGAUGGAACGACAUUUGGUGUACGUGCGCCCUCGUUUCUCGAUCCGCUGCGACAAGGGGAAGGAAACACAAUGCGAUCUAGUGGUCAAAAUCGACUUGGUGAAGGAUUAUCUGAGGAUUUAACGGUAUUGGCCGUCGAUAGUGAUAAUGGUCAUAAUAGUGCGAGCAUAAUUAAGCCAUUUUGGGCACCAAAGACUCUUCGAAAUGAUCCACAAAAGGCGAAAGAUGAAUAUCUUUAUGAUAAGGUGCUUGUGGAUGCGGAAUGUACUCAUGACGGGUCUGUUACGCAUAUUCUUAAGUACGAGAAAUGGGGAUGGGAUGCAUUUGAGAAGAAUUUUAUGAAUCUAGAUCGUACUGAGAGUUUAUGGGAUCUACAGCGUCAGCUCAUUACCAACGGAUGGUCACUUCUUAAACCCGGUGGUAUUCUUGUAUACAGCACUUGUAGUCUUUCUCGUCAACAGAACGAAGACGUGAUCGGCUGGUUUCUUAGCAAAUACAAUCAUGCGCAACUGGAAGAGGUUCCACUUGCUGCUCAAUUAGGGACCGCAAGAAUAAGAAGAAGCCAGUAUGACAUUGAUUUAUCCAUGACAGUUCGAUUGGAUCCUAUCUGUUCGAAAACAUCGGGUUUCUUUGUGGCAAAGAUUAGGAAAUCUGUUGUUUGA